GGAAACGAGGCGCCCGUGAUUGCCGAAUAUCAUUCUUAACAACCCAACUCAGGUUGUCAUCCGGACCUCUUGCUCCAAGGUCUCCCGAGACUGAGCACACGUUCAACCGAGUACUAUCUCAAGUCGGUCGAAAGAGUCCUUGGCAAACAGUAAGCAACAAGAAUUGGUGAUCGGCUUCAUUCAAAACGCUGCAAUGCAUACAACCUAGAGUCAGCAUGACCUAUGAACGUCAACAGCAAUGAUCUCAACGCAAUCCGGCGGGAGUACAGCUACGGCUUCAAUUCUCGCCAACCGAGACUGCCGAGUUUGCAGGCGGCGAAGGAUCAAAUGUGACAGGACUCUUCCUGUCUGCUCGAAAUGCGGCACCAGAAGCCUUCAAUGUCCAGGCUACAUCACCAGCUUGAAAUGGGUGCAGGUGACACCUCCUAGAAGGAAGUCGAUGUCCAGUCGUCGUGUGCAGCUGCCUAGGGAGAGAUCCCCAUCGAGCGAAACGUCUUUGGACAUUUGCGCGGAAGUUCCAGCUUCAGAAGGCGUGCACCAAGUGGACGAAAUGGCUUCUGAUCGCUCUCCGCACAAUGCUGAACACCGUUUGAUCCUACAGCCUGACUACACUCCAGGAAUAUGUCACCAUCCUUCCGCUCGUGAGCUUUUGCACCACUACACCAACGUCGUUGCGGCUCAAAUGGUCUGGGUCGACUCUACCCAGAAUCCUUUCCGCAAAAUAAUUAUCCCACUGGCCAUGCAAUCCCCAGCGCUUAUGCUAUCCAUAUUCUCGGUCGCGGCAGGAGAUAUAUGGUCCCGAUCUGGUCAGACAUUCGACUGCAGCUUCGACUCUCUCCAUUUGUUGGAUAAAUACAGGGGCCAAACCUUGACUCAUCUGGUGGACCACUUGAAGGUCGAGACUGCUCAAGGACUUCACAAUCCUCCUGAUCUUGCAGUCAAUGAUCGUGUCAGUCCGAUUCUAGCGGCCUUUCUACUCAGUUCACUGGGUAUAAAAUUGAACGACUCUUCGGCCUGGCGCUUGCAUCUCCGUGCCGCCUGGUCGAUGGUUGAGCACUGGAACACGUGCUUUCCGAAUACCACACUUUCGACGUCAGGCGUCAAGGAAUUCUUAUUGCAAGAGAUGUAUUUCUGCAAAGUUUGGGAAUCCGUCACCACUUUCCAAUCUUUGAGUGAUACGGGUGGAACUUCUUCUCUCUUCAACAUCGAUGGGCCCUUCAUUCAAUACCUUGGGAUCAUUUCUACUCUUGCGGACAUCGAACGCUCUUCACACGCGGGCAGGUGCGAAGAGGUCAGAUCUGGGCUCACCAUGUCGACACUGAUUGUUAUGUUCGACGAAGCACGCAGGCGUAGCAAGAAUUAUGCAAAUACCAUCACGUUUCGGUCUCCUGGCGCACGCGCGGCCUUCGAAUACGUUGUGGACCUGCAUCAUCAUGCGGGAGUGCUCUAUGGCUCUCAUGUACUAUCGGACGACGGCCGCUCAUCAGUGCUUACGGACUCGUCCCGCGUUGCCCUCUUCCAAUAUCUUCACAAGGUCACAGGCCCCGAGAUCAUUGCUCAGGAUCUCACUUGGCCGGUAUUCAUUGCGGGGAUUGAAUGCCACGGGCGAGUUGAAUAUCAACGACUUGUCUGUCAGAAGAUGCAAGAUAUCAUGAGAAUGAGUGGCGAACUAGAAAGACCGAGGUUGGUGAGCUUCCUCGCCGACUUCUGGUUUUCACAGGGGCAAGGCUCGAAAGACAGCUGGACAAAGCUAGCGCGUGCAUAUGCUAGUCGUGGAACGCCUAUCAUAAUCCUGUGAAACGAAGUUGAGCUUUUCUCUCGCUGUCCGAGCUUGCGAACCUCUUUUCAGCACUGUCACGCCGGGUAAAUUCCUGGCAAGAUGUCAAUCUAUGCUCACAAAUCCACAGUCUCUUCAUCUUCAACUCCAAACAACACCCUCAUUGGAUCUUGAUACUGGUAGAAGCCAUUCCCAGAAUCCCUUGGUGAAAAAGAGGCCGACAUUCUCUCGGACUUCAUCCCUGAUCACGAAAUGUCAGCUACAAUCAUCCCGGAAGGAGAAACAUCGAUCCUCUUA